AAAAGUCCAUACUCACGUGGAGGCAUUCUCUGUUUUAAAAGGCUGCACCCGUUCAUCAGCUGCAGAUGUGGCUUCUGAUUUGCCUGGAUCAGCUGGUGACGUCGGAAUUUACGAGCUGCAGGUUUUGGCCGAGCAGAGCUACUGUUUGUUUCACUCCAUGCUUGCGAUGGCUGAUGAUACCAACUUCCUCCUUUUGGUUUUACUCUUAAGCUGCUCAUCGUUGUGUUUUGGUUCUCAAGCUGAUAUCGAGUGCCUGAAGUCUGUACAACAAUCAGUGAUUGAUCCCAACGGUGUACUCAAAUCCUCUUGGAACUUUGAAAAUGCCACCGCCGGUUUCAUAUGCCGCUUUACUGGUGUGGCUUGCUGGCACCCGGACGAGGACAGGGUUCUCUCUCUGCGCCUCGGGAACCUAGGACUUGAAGGCCCAUUUCCUCGUGGUCUACAGAAUUGUUCAAGCAUGAGCGGCCUGGACCUGUCAAACAACAAUUUUUCGGGACCAAUCCCUAGCGAAAUUGCACGGGAGGUGCCGUAUCUGACAUUUCUGGACCUUUCGUACAAUAGCUUUUCGGGUUCAAUCCCACAAAAUAUCUCACAAAUGACAUAUCUGAAUGUCCUCAACCUCCAGCAUAACCAACUCAGCGGUCAAAUUCCACCGCGAUUCGUUUUCCUUACUCGGUUAUUUGAAUUCAAUGUUGCGGACAACCUGUUAUCAGGGUUUAUUCCUCCUUUGCUACAGAAGUUUUCGUCUUCGAACUUUGCUGGUAACCAAGGGCUUUGCGGUGCACCGUUGGAUGAUUGUCCCCCCUCGAAGAGGAGAUGGAGACCGGUACGAAUCAGGCUGCACAGGCUCAAUGACCAGUCGAGCAUCGGAGUGGCCGUCGGAUUCGUCGUGGGGUUCGUGGUGGCCUUCUACUUCCCGCACUUGUUCGUCUGCUCCGAGAGGCUCCGAGCCUACGUCGUCCGGAUAUGAUUCACUUGUUAUUCUGAAACUUUGUCUGGCAUAGCUUCCGGAGGCCAAAUGAGCACUUCCGGCAGUACAUCUUUCUUAGCUUGUUCCCUGCAGUAACGAUUUUCUUAAUUCGCAUGAUAAUGCAUAUGUCAACUAUUCUAGAAAGAGGCAAGACAUCAACUGGCCGUAAUUAUUUAUGUACCAUGUCGACAUUUCUGAAGGAACACAGUGAAACUCUACAUUUCUGUAGUGUUUUUCUGUCCAUUUCCAUGCUUUGCCCUUCUUGAACGCAUGCACACCUAUCGUCUUUUUACUAGGAAGAUUUUCCCAAGAGAGUACUCCUGAAAGGCUUUGCCAACCAAGCUGGAUACCUUCACGUGUUCCGGUGAAAAUUCUUUGGAGACCGGAGGCUCUUGACGCAAGGUUGGUCUCUCUGCUGUGUGCAGCUCACUUAUUUCAGUUUCGUUUUCUGUUAUUGUGGAAAGCCUGAUGCUUCCUGACUGGUU